AUGGCGGCGAGGAUAGUGGUGGCUUUGGUGUGUAUGGUGGUGAUGCUACGGCUGAGUGAAGCGGCGGUGUAUAAAGUCGGAGACUCAGCAGGCUGGACAACCAUAGCAAACGUAGAUUACAAGCUAUGGGCCUCUACCAAAACUUUCCACAUUGGUGAUACUGUCUUGUUCGAAUACAACCCACAAUUCCACAAUGUGAUGAGAGUGACGCACGCAAUGUACCGAAGCUGCAACAGCUCAAAGCCAAUCUCCACAUUCACCACCGGCAACGACUCAAUCACACUCACCAACCACGGCCACCAUUUCUUCUUCUGCGGCGUUCCAGGCCAUUGCCUCGCCGGUCAGAAGCUCGACCUCAACGUCAUUCACCCCGUCUCAUCCUCGCCGCUCUCUGAUCCACCGGUUUCCUCCUCUUCCUCUUCACCUCCGUCGACUACUACGAUUCCUGCAGCCGGAGUCCCCGGUCCAUCUCCUAGCCAUGCCGCUUCUCUCCCGAGUGCGACUGCAGCUGUGGUGGCUCUCCUUGUCUCUUCGGUCUUCGCAAAUUUUGCUUCUUAA